AUGAACAUUAAAAUCUAUCAGGUCGAUGUCUUUACUGAUCGAUUGUUUGGUGGCAAUCCAGCUGGAGUAUGCCCAUUAGACAAAUGGUUACCUGAUGCAUUAAUGCAAAAAAUUGCUGCUGAAAACAAUCUCUCUACAACGGCUUUUCUUGUGCCAAAUUCCACCAAUGAUGGAUAUGAACUUCGUUGGUUUACGAUCGAAAUGGAAAUAGAUCUUUGUGGUCAUGCGACAUUGGCGACGGCACAUAUAAUUUUCACUGAAAUGUCUUCUAUGAAUGAGAAAAUUAACUUUCAGACCAAGAAAGCUGGUGUACUUACAGUUACUCGCAAAAAUGAGGAGGCUCUUUAUACCCUCAAUUUUCCAGACUGUCCGGCAACAAAAGUCGAUUUGCCUGAUGUGCUGUUGUCAGCAUUAGGCAGCAGCAUAGCUCCUGUUGAAGUUUAUAAAGCGAGAGACUACAUGCUCGUUUAUGAAAAAGAAGCCGACAUCAAACAAUUGUCACCGAAUUUUAUGGCAUUAGCCAAAGUCGAUGUUUUUGGCGUCAUUGUUACUGCUCCUGGUGAUGAAGUCGAUUUUGUCUCACGGUUUUUUGCACCGAGCAUCGGUAUUCCUGAAGAUUCCGUUACUGGUUCAUCACAUUGUAGUCUAGUCCCUUAUUGGAGUGAACGAUUAGGUAAAACCCAGCUGCACACUCAAUAG